AUGAACGAGGUGCAGAACAUGAUGGCGAGCCUCCUGACCUCGCCGGUCCCGGGGGCGGCUCCAGCCGCGCAGGGCGGCGGCGCGGCCCGCGCGAGGAGGAGGCGGAGCGAGGAGGACCAGCACGAGGAGAUGACCACGGAGCACUCGAACGGCUCGUCCGGAACGAGGGCCAGCCGGCAGGGCGGGAAUGUGCUGCUGGCGGGGCAGCGGCUUGCGCCGCCCGAGUCCGCGAGCGCGCAGGCUUCGGCGCGGAGGCUGCAGCCGCUCAACGGCUCGAUGCCCUGGUUCCCGCUGGAGGCCGAGGGGCCUCUGGGAGGGGCCGAGCAGGACGUUUCCUGCCAGCCCGGCGGCGUCCUGCCCCGCGCCCUCGCGGCGCAGUCGUGCAAGGAGAGCAUGUUCGACGGUGCCCGCCUCUUCCAUGCCAGCGAGCCCGCCCGCCCGCGGGAGCUGAGCAGGCUGCACAGCCCCAGCGCGGGCCACAGCGCGCCGUGCAGCCCGGCCAUGCCCAUGCCCGAGGGAGCGGCGUCCCCGCAGCAGCCGUCUGUGCGGGCGGCGCCCCCCUCGCCGCUGCGGGCCCAGGGCCCGCUGGAGAGGGCGAGCCUGCUGCCGUUGGCGCCAGCUGGCCAGGCGCGGCCGAAGGGGGCCGACGGCAGGCCGCAGCCGCUGUCGCACGAGGAGGUCAUGGCGAGGAUCCACCUGGUCCUGGGCGGCACGGACGCCGGUGGCCACUCGCGGGGCUCCUCCAGCACGGCUGGCUCCUCCCUGGCGCCCGCCGUGCGCCUCGCCGUGCCGGGCGUGCAGCGGUCGGCGUCCAGCUUGGUGCCCCGGCUGGAGAUGCAGAAGGUCAUCGCCGACCGCGACGCGGCCGCGCCGCAGCACAGCUUCCACAUGACGCCGGGGCAGAGCUCGCGCAGCAGCAGCGGCAGCGCCACCAGCACGGGCGCGGCGGAGAGCGCGCCCCUCGACGCGGGCGCCGCGUCGUCCGAGGUGCGGCGCGUCGCGGGCUGCCCCGAGGGGCCCUGGGUUGCGGCCGACCAGCCGCGGUCCGCGGCGAGCUGCCCCGACGGGCCGCAGGCGGUGGCCGCGCAGCCGCCGGGCGCGGGCGGCGGUGGAGCCUCGGCGGCCGCGAAGCCGUGGCUCGGCGCACUGCGGGAACGCAGCUGCAGCACGAGCACCGGGAGCCGCCGCGGGUCCACGACGGCCAGCCGGGAGGCGACGCGCAGCGCGGGCGGCAGCGGCCGCCGCCCGCGCAGCGGCAGCGCCGCCUCGCGGGGCAGCCAGCAGGGGGCGCCUUCGCUGCUGGCCAGGGUUUUCGGCUGCCUGCCCUGCUGCAGCGGGCUGCUGCCAAGGAGGCGCCCCCUGAGGCCGCGCGGCGGGUCGAGGAGGGACCGCUUCGGCUCCGAGGAGUCGCUGGCCUCGCGCCACACCGACCGCAGGAGCUCGGCGACGGCCUCGACGCCCUGA